CUCGCGGACGGCGUGCUAGACGCCCUCCCGGCCUGUUGUCUGGGCACGUCCCCGAGAGCCCCGUGAGACGAGAGCAUCGUUACCCCCGUGUUUCAGGCGAGGAAAGCCCGGCGCCCUUAGGCUGGCCACACCUACCCGUUUCCAUCCCUGGCUCUCUGUGGCGGCUUGAAAACACGUCCACUAAUUCUUCUAGACUCCCCACUUCCUAAUGUGCCUGUCACCGAGUGUGGGGCUACGCUCCAGGGGAAGCUGGGAGCCAUGUGGGGACCAGUCCUGUCCUGGAGAGGUCCUACAGAGGUCCUGUAGAGAGGUCCCCGCGUUGAGGAACCGAAGCCUCCAGCCGACAGCCACACGAGAGAGUCACCUUGGAAGGGGGUCCCCCUAGCCCCGCGUCAGGCCUUCAGAUGGUGCAGCCCGUGCCCACGGCUUGACCGCAGCCUCGCGAGAGACCCUGAGCCACAGCCAGCCAGCCAAGCUCUUCCCCGAUUCCUGACCCUCAGAAACUGUGAGGUAUUUAAGGUCUGCGAGGAGCCGGCCCAGUUGCUCUUGGGGCCACCCCAGUGGUGGUGCGGACCGCUGGCAGGCAGGCAGACCCCAGGACCUCCCCCCCACACCACCACACUGUCCAUGGAUUUUGUCGCUGGAGCCAUCGGAGGAGUCUGCGGUGUUGCUGUGGGCUACCCCCUGGACACGGUGAAGGUCAAGAUCCAGACAGAGCCCAAGUACAGGGGCAUCUGGCACUGCGUCUGGGACACGUAUCGCCGAGAGAGGGUGUGGGGCUUCUACAGAGGCCUCUCGCUGCCCGUGUGCACCGUGUCCCUGGUCUCGUCCGUGUCUUUCGGCACCUACCGCCAUUGCCUGGCACACAUCUGCCGAUUUCGGUAUGGCAGCACGGACAUCAAGCCCGCCAAGACUGACAUCACGCUCUCGGGAUUUGCCUCCGGCUUGGUCCGCGUGUUCCUGACCUCGCCCACCGAGGUGGCCAAGGUCCGCCUGCAGACGCAGACGCAGCAGCGGCGCCCCUCGGCCUCGUGGCCCUCGGCUGCGCCCCCCGCGUGUCCCGCGCCCCCCGCGAGUUCGGGGCCUGGGCCCAAGUACCGAGGACCUCUGCACUGCCUGGCCACGGUGGCCCGUGAGGAGGGGCUGCGGGGCCUCUACAAGGGCAGCUCGGCCCUGCUCUUCCGGGACGGCCACUCCUUCGCCACCUACUUCCUGUCCUACACCAUCCUCUGCGAGCAGCUCACCCCCACGGGCCGCAGCCAGCCAGAUGUGCUGGGCGUGCUGGUGGCCGGGGGCUGUGCCGGGGUCCUGGCCUGGGCCGUGGCCACACCCAUGGACGUGAUCAAGUCGCGCCUGCAGGCGGACGGCCAGGGCCAGCGGCGCUACCGGGGCCUCCUGCACUGCGUGGUGAGCAGCGUUCGGGAGGAGGGGCCGCGGGUCCUCUUCAAGGGGCUGACGCUCAACUGCUGUCGUGCCUUCCCCGUCAACAUGGUGGUCUUUGUCACCUACGAAGCCGUGCUGGGGCUCACCCGCGGCCUGUCCACCUAGCUAGUCCCCGCGCCCCAGGGCCGGCCCGCCGGCGGCUUGCAGACGUCUCGUAGCUGGAGGUGGCGGAGGAGAGUGUGGGGGUCUGGGCCCCGUUGAGCCACCACCCGGUGGCCGGAGUCAGCCGUGCCUGGGGCUUUGCUCACCCAGCUACGGACCACGAGGAGGUUCAGGGGCCCCUCUGCCAUCAGCCUGGGGCUGGCUUGAGGGUCUCGUGAGCCAGGGAGGAGUGAGCCUCUUGGAGGAGGACAUCUGUCACGCGCGGUCGUUUGAACGUUUGGUCAGUUGGUCGUUCCAGCUUCCCCGGGGCCUCUCCCUGCCGCCCGUGUCUUCGGAGCACCCCUGCACCUCCGUCCACUCACCCAGUGUCUGCUGGCCACCGUCCCCGCCAGGCCCCCCUCAGCUCUCCUCUGGUGAGCGCCUAUGCA